AAUAAACGGUGUAGCAAACCGGCAACAUGCAACGGAGGUCGCAGCCAGCGACGUCCACAGGCCUCAAUGGGCCGGCACUCCGUCCCAAGCAGACGCAAUCAACCGUCCUGGGAUCCAUGCAGCAGAAGGCCAAGAUGUCGCCUAGAGAAAGAGCCAAGUGCCCAGAUCUUGGCCGGGGCUCGAGCAGCGGAAGUGGAGGAUUUGAGCCGGAUUGAGCGAGCAGGAUGAUCAGGACCAAGAAGAUCGUGUCUCUUGUGUUCUUGGGCGAUUCCCGCUCUCUGGAAUCAUGUUGGUAUUUCAUUCCAUCCUUGCUCCCCAUGUCCCCUCUGCUAGACCUGGUCAAUUCGCACCUGCUCUCGCCUGUUGCCCACCACCGCCGCAGCAGCUGCUCCUCCCGCCUGUUCGGUGAUGAAAAGGACCUGUCCUACCAGAGUCCUUUCUGACGACCAAAAUGCUCUUCGAGCCCGAUCCCGAGCCCAUGAGACAGACGUCGGGCCAUGAUCCCGCCAGAGAGAGUCCGAGCUCGCACCAGACCGAAUACCACCACCACCCAGCUGCUCCUCCUCCAUUGCAACAACCUCCGAUCGCCCAUGUCUCUCCUACUCUUCGAACACCGACCACUCCUCGUCAGAAGGACCCUCUCCGACUACAGACCUCCAUAUCCAGCGCGGAGUCGGGGUCGACGCUGGGCGCGGAAUAUAAGCCCUACCUACCAUACAAACAAUAUCAAUACGGCCCGAUAGCAGAGAGGGGUUUGGCCGAAGAGACGAUAAACAGACACUCGCCCUCGGGCUCACAACACUCGGAAAGUGGAGCUAAACGAAGUAAUCUGGGGGAAACGCCAGUGAUAGAAGACAACUCGGCUGUAUUCCGGUACAUCCAAGAAAAGUCCAUCACAGAAGACGAAACGACGGAGGCCGACCAUGCCCUGUGGAUUCUGAUGUGGAUGUCCUUCCUUGACCCAUUUCACUGUUUAUUCAGCUCCAUAUUCUCGAUAUUCGCCGUCCUCGUCAUCAUAGUCUUUACCCCCCUACGACUUUGUCGCAAAGAAUGCUCGCCCAGUCUCUCUUUGGUCCGAAUGGUUGCGCCAGUCUUUCGGAAUCAUCUGCAGAUGAUCUUUGCCAAGGCUCUAGACAAUGCUCAUACCUUUGAGUUCAGUCCUGUCUGCCUGGUUCUUAUCCAUAUUGUGUCUCCUCUCAUCAGUAUUGGAAAUGCCAUUGCCGCCUGGAUCGUGGCCGUAUUCUGGGUCUUUGCCAUCAUCAUGGGAAACCCGGACGGAACCGAGAGACGCGAUGACGGGCGCGCCUCGGUGCUCCUUUUGAGGGAUUGGUGGGAGAGGUGUCUCCUUUUUGCUAUCCGCAAAUAAAGUCUUACCUACUGUACUGGAAUCCGACUGUUACGAAGUCACGAUCAGAUGGCUACUUGGGGGGUUUUUUUUUAACGUUGAAGGGGGCGAUUGUUACCCCUUGUACAUGGGCGUCUUCUGGAAUUGCAUGAUCACUGGCGUGGGAAUGUUUAGGUUGGUGGUGCAACUGGAUUUGGACUUUGCGUAAAUUACAAAAGACGAGAAGAGCGUCGCACAGUCACACACAAAGCUGCGAUCAUCAGCUCAACGUUGCUCGCGAUUUCUGGACGGAGCGACGAUGUAUGAUGUGUCUUGCCGGGCUCCAGCCUUACUUGCUCAGAGCUGUGCACCUCUUCGGUUUUCCGAGUCUUGACUUGUGGGUUCAAAGCCGGGAGAGAGGCGUCCGCGUGUCGGUUAUCUCAUGAGGGUUUUGCUCAAAGACCAGCGAAUGGCGUUUAGUAUUACCGGGUACGUUGGGCAAUUCAGGACGUUCAGGCUGUGGGGGAGGCCGUCAGAUAUCCUAGAGGAAUGCAAAGAAAAGUGUCCAAGAG